ACGUCCAUCACCACAGCGUCCGGCACAUCAACAGUGUCGUCCACCACGUGGAGUUCAAGCAAGACCCUAUCUUCGAUCACAGAGACCUCUUCCAUGACAAUGUCCUCUACAUCGACCAAGAGUACGACAUCUCGGACUUCCACUACGACUGCGAGCACGACAUCUGGGACCUCUACCACGACAUCGUCAUCGGCAACCGCGACCUCGACGACGACAUUGACUACGACAUCCGCGACAUCCAGCUCGACAAUGUCAACGACAUCAGAGACCUCUAUUACGACCAGCACGACCGCCUCGUCCACAUCCCGAACCUCGAUUUCAACUGUAAGUACGACAUCCGCGACAUCCACCACGACUGCGAGUACGGCGUCCAAGACCAGUACCACGACGGUGUCUUCAAGCACUUCCUUGUCUACUGGCACGUCAUCCAAGACUUCGAGCACGACCGUGUCUUCCAGCGCCACGUCCAAGACCAGUACCGCGACGGUGUCUUCGAGCACGACCGUUUCUUCGACGUCGGGAACCUCGACUACGACCACUGCGAGCACGACAUCCGAGACCACUGCGAGUACGACACUGACUUCCAUUUCGGGCAGCUCCACCACAACUGCGACGACUACGGGUAUGAAGAGAUCGGAGACUCGACUGAGUGCUUCGAGGAUGCGAAGGACAGAGUUGCGGAGCUCAACAGCGUCUCGGAAACUCUGACAGUAAACAGCCCGUUUGCAUGCGUGUUCCAGUACGGGGUGCUCUUCUUCGGCGACGGAA